GUUUAAAUCCUCCAAUUGCCCACCCCGUCUCCUCAACACCCUCUCCUUUGCUUUCCCACCAUCUCAACAAAGUCCUCUGAUCUCCAAGCAAGACAGCAGGCAGCUCCACCCACGAUGCGUUUCGCUUUCGGAGCUACAGCGCUCCUUGCUGCUGCCGUGGUUCGUGCCGACGCUGCAGACGACCUCGAGGACGCCUCCUCGUCCGUCUCGUCUGCUGUCGAGUCCUCUACAUCGUCAUCAGUUGUGAAGCCAACCUUCACCCCCACCACGCUGAAAGCGCCUUUCCUCGAGCAAUUCACCGAUGAUUGGGAAUCAAGGUGGAAAGCUUCACAUGCGAAGAAGGACGAUAAGUCCACUGAGGAAGAAUGGGCAUACGUCGGCACUUGGUCUGUUGAGGAGCCUUCCGUCUUCAAGGGGAUGGAGGGGGACAAGGGUCUGGUGAUCAAGGAUAAAGCGGCCCACCACGCCAUCUCGGCCAAAUUCCCCAAAGUCAUCAACAACAAGGGUAAGACUUUGGUGGUGCAGUAUGAAGUCAAGCUUCAAAAUGGCUUGGAGUGCGGCGGUGCUUAUAUGAAGCUCCUCCAGGACAACAAGGCUCUUCAUGCCGAGGAGUUUUCAAACGCGUCUCCGUACAUCAUCAUGUUUGGUCCUGACAAAUGUGGUGCUACUAACAAGGUCCACUUUAUUUUUCGCCACAAGAACCCCAAGACAGGCGAGUACGAGGAGAAGCACCUCAAGAACCCUCCAAUGGCGCGUAUCGUCAAGACGACAUCUCUCUACACCUUGAUUGUGAAGCCAGACAACUCUUUCGAGAUCAAGAUCGACGGCGAGUCCAUUCGCAAUGGCACUCUGCUUGAGGACUUCAGCCCAUCCGUCAACCCUGAGAAAGAGAUUGACGACCCCAAGGACAAGAAGCCCGAGGACUGGGUCGACGAGGCCCGUAUCCCCGACCCAGAAGCCAAGAAACCCGAGGAUUGGGACGAGGAUGCUCCGUUCGAGAUUGUCGAUGAGGAGGCCAAGAAGCCGGAGGACUGGCUCGACGACGAACCUACCACGAUCCCUGACCCAGAGGCCGAGAAGCCUGAGGAUUGGGACGACGAGGAGGAUGGCGACUGGGUUCCCCCAACAGUGCCAAACCCUAAGUGUGACGAGGCCUCUGGCUGCGGCAAGUGGGAACCACCGAUGAAGAAGAACCCUGAGUACAAGGGCAAGUGGACCGCAGAGUAUAUCGACAACCCGGCAUACAAAGGCACCUGGGCACCAAGGAAGAUCAAGAACCCUGACUAUUUUGAGGACAAGACCCCGGCCAAGUUUGAGCCCAUGGGUGCCAUUGGAUUCGAGAUCUGGACCAUGCAAAACGACAUCCUCUUUGACAACAUCUACAUUGGUCACUCCAUUGAGGAUGCCGAAAAGCUCAAGGCAGAUACAUUUGAUCUUAAGAUCGUUGCGGAAAAGGCUGAAGAGGAAGCCACUGCUCCAAAGCCAGUUGAACCUCCGAAGUCGCCUUCGGAUCUCGUCUUCAAGGACGACCCAGUCCUCUACAUUAAGGAGAAAGUCAAUUUGUUCUUGACUAUUGCCAGGAGGGAUCCAGUCGAGGCCAUCAAAUUCGUCCCUGAGGUUGCUGGGGGUAUUGGAGUCCUCGCUGUCACACUCAUUGCUAUUGUUGUCUCCACUCUCAUUAGCGGUGGUGCUGCUCCUUCCAAGGAGCAGGUCAAAGAUGCAGCAAAGAAAUCAAAGGAUGCUGCUGUCGACGCGAAGGACAAGGCAGCGGAGGCUGUCUCCAGCGGCGCCGAGAAGGCACAGUCAGAGGUCAACAAGCGCACUACACGCUCCACUGCUUCGUAAAUGUAGUGCAGAGAGGGCGAUGAAAUAGUGAUAGAUCGGUAGAAGUCGGUCGAAAAGGGCUCCCAUGGAAUCUUAGCACGGAGGAGCACCCAUAUCUUUGGAUUCCAGGUAUAACCAAAUAUUUUUCUCGAGGGUGUACGGCGCCAUGACAGUGUACCAUAGCUCUCUUCAAGAAUGAAUUUACGGUUCUCGUAAUGACCAAA